UUUCUGACACAACAUCGGAGGCAUGCAAUUUGAGAUCAUCGCGAGAUGCUCAACGACAAGGGCCCGUGUAUCUCGUAUGACACUGGCUCACGGACCCACUAUGCUACCUACCUUCAUGCCUGUCGCGACACAAGCUGCAAUCAAAGGACUGACUCCUGAGCAAGUAGAAUCUUUGGGCAUAACUUUGAUCUUGAACAACACUUAUCACCUCAACCUGCGUCCCGGGAUAGACGUUCUCAAGGCCGCCGGAGGAGCUCAUGAAUUCCAAGGAUGGAAUCAUAAUCUGCUCACUGACAGUGGAGGUUUUCAACUGGUCUCUUUGAGCAAGUUUACUACCAUUACGGAAGAGGGUGCACUUUUCCAGAGCCCGUUCACGGGAGAACCAACAAUGUUGACACCGGAAGAAAGUAUUUCGAUUCAGCAUGCCAUCGGUGCAGAUAUUAUUAUGCAACUUGACGAUGUGGUUUCAAGUCUAGAAACUGGACCUCGUGUUGCUGAAGCCUCAGAGCGUUCCGUUCGGUGGCUCGAUCGCUGUAUAAAUUACCAUAAAUCCUCAGGAAAGGACGAUAGGCAGAAUCUCUUCGCCAUCGUUCAAGGAGGCCUUGAUUUCAAAUUACGAGAUCGAUGUUUAGACGCGAUGGUUGACCGCAAGGACGAUGUUGCUGGAUAUGCUAUCGGAGGCCUUAGUGGCGGCGAAGAAAAAGACAUUUUCUGGCGACUAAUUAGCCAGUGCACAGCCAAAUUGCCGGAAGACAGACCCCGCUAUUCCAUGGGAAUUGGUUUUGCGGAAGAUCUUCUUGUCUGCGUGGCACUUGGAGUGGACAUGGCAGAUUGCGUUUUCCCCACCCGAACUGCUCGCUUUGGUGUUGCACUAACUCGAAAAGGUGCUGUUAACUUAAGUAAGAAAUGUACACUGCUCAAUCGACAUCCGACUGAUAUAGCCACGCGUCGGCAGAGCUGAGCAAACAUGCAAAGGAUUUGAGCCCGAUAGAUUCGACAUGUCCAUGUCCCACUUGUCGAGACAAAACAUCCAGAGCCUUCCUGCAUCAUCUCAUAACCCACGAGACUGCAGGAGCACAUGCAAUCACAAUACACAAUAUAACAUUCCAGGCACAAGUGAUGGGACAAACGAGAGACGCAAUUCUCGCCGGAAAGUUCCCUGAAUAUCUUCGACAGUUUUUCGAAGAAUAUUUUGGCGACCACGGAUAUCCCGAAUGGUGUGUAAAUGCUCUCAAGAGUGUUGGAGUAGAUCUAUCAGAAGGGAAAGAACUUCUCGUGGUUCCCAGUGACGAAACGAGA